AUGGUGGAGUAUCUCAACGCUGCGUUGGUUCUCACGCGCGGGUCGGCGCUUCUGCCACGUCGUCUCUCCGUGCGUGUGCCUAUAGACGGUACACCUCUCUCUAUUGGCCGUGCAGAAGGGAAUGAUCUCGUUCUAGACGCCAAUCUCCUCUUUGCAUCUCAGCACCAUUGUCAGCUGAUUGUGCGGUCUGUCUCCACUGCAGCAAAGGAAACAGCGGGAAUCAUGCUGGAGGGAAAAGAGGACAAGAAUAAGGAGGAUCAUAUAGUAGAGAGUGAGGAAAAGCAUAAUACACAGCGCCAUCGCAACGGUGCUCGACAAAAGCAAAAGAAGCAAGAUCAAGACCAACAGCAUCAACAAUUAGAGCUCUGUCUGGUUGAUUUGGGCAGCAGCAACGGAACAUUUAUUAAUGACAUCCGUGUAGAGAAUGACUCCCUCACACCCCUUCAUCAUGGCGAUGUGAUUGUGCUUGGUGGAAUGCGGGAUGUGGCGGCUGGCGCAUCGUUGCCAAAAAUAUGUGGCCCGGAAAUCGUUACAUGGCGCAUCACAUUUAACGAUAACGACAGUCCGUUUGCAUUCGAAGAAACACCAGCUGUGUUUCUCUCCCCCGAUUAUAUUGAGGCAGAGGAGAAGCGAAUGACACUGCAGCUGCUGCUUCAGCAGACCGCUAUGCAAUCACCGCAGCGUGCAGUCUCGCCAACUGCUAAUUGUGAUUCAAUGCUAAAGGACGCACCGCCCCCAACAGUGGUGAAGGGAUGGUGUCGUAACCGCGAUCAAAACGAACAUCAACAACACCAACAAAAUGAAGAGCAGCAGCAGCAGGGUGAGGAAUCACCACAAACACCAGUUGCGCGCGAGGUACUACAGGAUAAGGAAAACGAUGACAACCCUGCGGGUGAUGGGAACGCAGAAAUAGAUACAUCUACAAGGCGCAGCGGUACUGUGGCGGCAGCAAUUGUGCUACGAGAUAAGAGCACAGAAUGGGGAUCACCCACCACCGUUCCCUUGCGGGCAGUUCGUCUUGAUAGAAACAGUUUCAACAUCUUGCAAACACCUUCUCUGAGGCCUAAAUCAAAACGAUUACGUCGCCAAGAUACGGAAGAAAAGGCAGACAACAACGACAACAACAAGAGUUCAUUGCAACAACACAAACUCACCCUCACACAGGAACAAUUGGAAUGGACGAUGAGUGACGGGGCAGACAUCGUAAAAAAAAAAUCUGCAAGGCGCGAACAACACCAGCAAUGUGCUGUUCACUGCAAAAUUCCAUGGUCAAAUGUGGAGCGUAUCAUGUACUGCACCUCCCAACAGGCUAUCACCGUUCUUCUACGAGAAGGAACUCAAACAUCUCUUCCUGGUAUUGGUGACAAAAAAAACAAAAAUCGAUUCGCUACAUGGCUCGUUGAUGAACCAAAAAUAAAGAAAAAAAAAAGUACAGCUGCUCAUCUACACAACAAAGACACAUUUCAACACCUCCUGGCAGAGCUUUCUCGCUUCUCCGAUACAUCCAAGAGACCAAAGCCACAACCACUAGAGGAAGAAGAGUUUAUCGCUCGCUACGCUCCCAUCAUAUAG